CUCGAAGGCAAGGGUUCCACUAGACCUUGGCACCUCAGCGACACUGGCCUAAAACUUUGUUUCGGAAUUCCCUGUGGCUUCUGGGAGAACCAGGGGUUUCUGGGAGCCCGGGUGGCUGUUGGCGCCAAGUGCCUCAGAGAGCCACACGCUUUCGUGCUGUGGAGCUGAGGCGAUCUCUUCAGAGCCUUCAGAGAGACCCAGGCAUCUGACUUCCCACUGAGAGACCUGGAGUUGCCCAGAGUUUGAGAAAGCUGUGUCAGAGACUGCAACAGUCAUCACACACUCCUGUCUGAUCAAGCUCCCUCUCUCAAGUCCUCCGCGAUGGCUCGGGCAAUGCUUCAGGACUGGUGCAGGUGGAUAGGUGCGAACGCAGAGCGCUCCCUGCUCAUCCUGGAUAUCCCUGAUGACUGCGAGGAACAUGAGUUCCAGGAGGCUGUGCGGGCUGCCCUGUCACCCCUGGGCAGGUACCGAGUGCUCACCAAGGUCUUCAGAAGGGGGCUCGGGGCCAGGGCAGCCUUGGUGGAGUUCGCUGAGGGUUUAAACCGAAGCUUGAUUCCCCGCCAAAUACCAGGCAAAGGGGGACCCUGGAAUGUGAUCUCCCUGUCCCAGGCUCCUGGUGCUGAGUUUCAGGAUAUGGCCAGUUUCCCUGCACGGCUGCAGGGUCAAGCAGUGGCCAGAGGUGCAGGUGAGGCAGGAGAUGAAGAUGAGGCAGGAGAUGAAGAUGAGGCAGGAGGUGAAGAUGAGGCAGGAGGUGCAGAUGAGGCAGGAAGUGAAGACGAAGCAGGAAGUGAAGACGAAGCAGGAGGUGAAGACGAAGCAGGAGGUGAAGACGAGGCAGGAGGCGCAGGUGAGGCAGGAGGCGCAGGUGAGGCAGGAGGCGCAGGUGAGGCAGGAGGCGCAGGUGAGGUCGAGACCUGGACCCAGUCAUGUAACAGGGCGCUGUGGCCUCUGCUGAAAACUGUGGGCCGCCAGGAACUGAGACGCUUUUCCGGGAUGGUGCAGCCAGACUGCAUGGAAGACUCCUUUGAGAGCUGGCUGGAGCAUGUCAACGACAUGCUGCAGCUGUGGUGCGACGCAUCGGAAAGGGAGAGGAGGAGGCGGGUGCUGAGCAGCUUGCGCGGGGCAGCCCUGGAGAUCGUGAAUGGCCUCCUGGAGGAAGAGCCCAGCUUCUCCACGCUGGACUGCCUGGCGGCGCUGGGGCACGCCUUUAGGAACCGGGACACAUGGGUGACCACACGGCUGAAGUUCCUGACCUGCACGCAGGGGCCCCAGGAGGGGCUGUUUGCCUUCGUGGUGCGCCUGGAAGGCCUGCUGCAGAAGGCCAUGGAGAAGGGGGCCUUCCACCCAGCCAUGGCCAACCAUUUUCGACUGCGGCAGGUGCUGUCUCGGGCCCGCCCCAGCGAGGCUCUCCAGGAUACCCUGAAGCGGUUGCAGCUGGAUAGGAGGCCGCCCGGCUUCCUGGGGCUGCUUCGGCUCAUCCGGGAGAUGGAGGUGUGGGCGGCCUCCCCAGCGAGGAGCCAGCAGGGUGCAGCCUGGCCAGAGGCCCCAGUGGAGAGUGAAGACCCAGCUGCCUCCCAGAUGGCCCCUGCCCGAGGAGAUGUCGCCCAGGCCUCCCCAGCCCAUGGGGAUGCCAGCAACGCUGAUCCCAGCGGAGAAGAUGAUGCCAAGGCCCCUUCUGCCACCAAAGAGGCCGCCAGGGGCACCCCUGCCACUGGGGAAGAUGAAAAUGCCCCUGCCGGCCUCAAAGUCCUAGGUCAGGCAGGGCCCAUCAAUGUCCCUGGUGGCCUCCCAGCCCAGAUGGGCAGUGCAGUCGACAUGGCCCCAGGAGGUCCCAGCUGGGAGCCAGAGGGCCUUGUCCAGGUAGGAGGACAGAAGGCUGAGGAACCUCCCCAGGAGGGGCUCAAGCCCAUUUUGGAGGAGUCUGAAAACGAAGAUGAGGAUGGGGCUGGGGAGGCGGGCCAGCCCAAGUCCUCCCUGGGCAAAUAGUCUCCGAGGGCCCCAGGGCCUCCUCUCCUCUCAGGCAGCAGCACCCUGGAGGCAGACGGAGGCCAGGCCAGGGCCAGUUCCUCACCCCACAUCAGGAGCAGUGCCUCCCACCUCCCGCAAGGGGCCCUGGCCACCACCCCCAGUCCUUCACCAUGACCCAGAUGACCACAUUUGAUUCCAAAUGGGGGGCUGGCCUGGAGGGAUCCCUGAGUGGCCAGCCGUGGCCUGGGUGGGGGCACCUGAAGAUGUCUGCCUCCACCCCUUGUCCUGGGUUAAGAGAGAUGCAGGAAACAGGCCCUCUCAAGGGUGCCAGCUGCCUGGGUCUCCCAAGAGGGGUCCCCCAUUUGCCAUCCCCGGGUCAGGCUGCCGCCUGUUCCAGGAAGCUCACCCUCACCUGUAUAGGCCCCGUAGUGACCCAUGCGCCCAGCAGACGCCCACUCACUGCUAGACAUCAUUCCUGUGCAAAGUUGUGUGCUGUGCACUCACCCGGGCGGCUGCCUCUGGGCCCGGGACACGUGCUGUGAGCUUCCUGCGAGCCCACACUCUGCUCGCUGCUGUCUGUCCCGAGUUGUGAGCACCACCUCUGCUUUCCCAGUGUAGAUCUAGGCCAGGGGCUGCUUGUUCUGGUGGAGCUGUGUGUGUUCUUCUCUGAGCAGCUUCUCCCCAGAGGUCCCCAGCACGAUCCCGGGAGAUGGUGGGAAGGAGGUACCAGGACACGGUACCAGUGACUGUGAUGGUGACAGUGACUGCGGAAGAAGAACUGGACCCGUGGCAGAGAGGGCUGUGUGAGGCUCCCCAGGGACUGUGCUUUGGUGUUCCACCCCUGUUGUUACUCGUGACUCAGUUUCCUCAGCCUGGUGGGGUGUUACCUGCUGUUUUCCAGUGUUCUGUGACUGUCCUGUGAGGGCCAUAGGGUAGGGAUGGGCUUGGGAGGGGGCUCCCUGAAGCCAGUGGACACUGCCAGAGUUCACCGUCCUGGCAAGAGGCAGACCUGGGGCCCUCGGGAAGGAGGGAAGUGGCGGCGGGGGCCACAGUGGGAGGGGAGGCAGGCGACACACCUUGCCAGGAACCCCAGGAGGGGGGUGCCCGGGACCUGUGGCCUGUGGUGGUUGUUUGCUUCUUCUCUCUGUAUUGUGGUUCCCUUCUCUUCAAUGGUUUCAGUAUAUGCUUCUCUUCAAUAAAUUUCAUUCCGUGUUCCA